AUGGACGAGGUUAUCCAGGUUGGGAGUACUGCCCCCCCUCAGAUUGGGAGUGCCGUCCCCACAAUGUCUAAUGCACCAGUGAGUGCCUUCACAACCAAAGCUACAGUAACUCCCGACCCCCCCGAGACAGAAAUCCCCACAGAUCCUCUUCGUACGUAUCCCUCACAGCCAAUCGGAAAGAUAUUAGUCAACAACCACACGUACGACAUCCUUGAACUCAUCUUUUCUAGCCAGGGGCUUGUUGGGCGCGGCACAGUCUGUUAUUUGGCCAGGAGAGACAAUGAAGAAUACAUAAUCAAGGACCAUUGGGUCCUUGGGGAUAAAAAUGUCGCCUUGAAUGAAGUUACGAUGCUUCAGGCCAUGCAAGGAGUCCGCGGUGUUCCUCAACUAUUCGAACAUUGGCUUGUUGAGAUUGGGCCUCAAGAGGUUGAUGAAACGAUGAGUUAUCGUGGCAAGAUUUGGCAGAGUAUAAAAGGUACUUCACGCACACAUGUUCAUUUGGUCUUGAAGCCCCGUGCGCGACCUUUACACACGUUCCGGACGAAAGUAGAGUUGAUUAGUGUGAUUCAGGACAUCGUUAGAAUUCAACAGAUAGCUGUUGAAGAACGUGGAAUUCUCCACCGAGACUGCAGUCUCAACAACUCCAUGAUCGAGGAUGACAGUAAUGGAUCCCAUGGAACAUUAAUUGAUUGGGAAUUCGCUGUGCGUAUUCUUCAAGGCCAAAAAUAUGCUAUUGGGGGGACGGGAACGGCACCUUUCAUGUCCCAUUCGCUCCUGUUCCAGCUCUCUGAAGCUGUUGGCGGUAGAGCAAUGUCUCAAAAUAGCUGGAAGCAUGCCUCGCAUUCCCAUAUACAAGCACCUCCUCUUAUUAAGCACGGCUGUCAGGACGAUCUCGAGUCAGUUUUUUACGUCUUCGUUUGGAUCUGUAUUGGGUACAGGGGUCCACUUGGCGUGAAACGUGUUCUUGGGCCUUGGAAGCAAUCAGAAGGGGAUUGGCUACUGCAUCUGUGGUCCACCAACUCAUUCAAGGAGAAUGGUAACGAGAAGACCUCAUUUUUUUUUCAUCCGCAUGCGGAUAAACUCAGCCAACAAUUCCACCCCUACUUCCAUGACCUACUCCCGCUCGCGCUGGACUGGUACGAAUUAAUUAGGGGUAAAGGACCAUUGCAUGCGCCGACGUUUAAAGAAGUCAUCGAUCUUUUGACUAAGCACCUCGACAUGCUUCCAAAGGAUGAGCCUUCCCCGGAGCUUUUAUUCGCGCGAAAGGUCAUUGAUGCACUUCCUAGUGGACUCCCUGGUGGAAAAAGAAAGGUGGCAUCCAAAGCAGCUGAUAGAAAUGUAGAUUUACCAGUCAUGGAACGUGACAUGAUAUUAGGGGGUCGAGUUCUUUGGACGAUGGAAGCCAUUCCCCAGCCCAAGCGGAUGAGAACUACCUAG